AUGAAGUUCUUGUUGGAGUUCGUGUCUUGCUGCGGGAUUGCACGCCCCGCAACAAUAGGCGAGCAGGCUCCUCUCUCCGAGGAGACCAGCUCGCUUGUGCAGCGCCGAAUGCGUCGGCGCAGGAAGCGGGGAAGGCUCGGGAACUCGGGCUCCACGUCGCCAAAUUCAGCGGAGUGGAGGCCGUCGCUCACCUCGAUUUCCGAGGACAACGUUGUUGCGAUGGUGGUGGAUCGGACGGCUGAGGUUGAGCGAGCAGUGAAGAGGAAGAGCGGCCAGAGUCGGACGAUAGCUCAGGUCCGCAGCCACGGCGAGGAUUACGGGGGAGCUUCACUUACGACGGCGAUUCCGGCGUUCUCUCCGACGCCCUUUAUGUUUUGA